CAAAUCAAAUCCUGACUUAAAAUCAUAGAGGAAAAUUUCAAUUCCAUAACUGAAUUAACCUGAGUUGGUGCGAUAAUAAAGUUGAUUGUGUCCUUGUUAAUUAAAUUGCUCAUCUGAUAGCUGAUUAAAUAAACGACAAAUACAGAUAUUUGGUUGUAAGAGAAACACUUAUACCUCUGAGCUACAUCUCUAAUGCUACAAAUUGGGUAUUGGAAUUGAAGUUGAGGUGAAUAAUGAAAUUUGUUAUUCUAUUUGUUUCUUUAGUUAUUUUCCAAAUCCAAACUGUGGAAUCGAGUUCAAGUGCCGUGCCAGCGCCAGAGAAUCCGAUCUAUGCCCGCGAACAGAUUUUCUUGAGCCCUUUUAAAACUUACACAGGAUCGACUUCAGCUCUUACCUGUGGCCAAUUGAUUGUGUACCAUGGAUUUCAAUAUGAAGUUCAUCAAGUUAUAACCGAAGAUGGUUACAUACUUGAGUUGUAUCGUAUCAUUAAUCCCGAUGCCAGAGAUGCUUUUGGUGAUAAACUGGUACCUGUACUUUUGGUCCAUGGGGUAUUGGAAUCAUGUGGUAGUUGGCUUAUCAAUUCCAAUAAUCAAGAUGGACCAUUAAUCAAUGUAACAUCAAACAAUCUCGCUGUUGUUUUAGCUACUCGUGGAUUCGAUGUUUGGCUGGCCAAUAAUCGCGGUACAUCAUAUUCUAGGAAGCAUAUUCAUCUCAACUCAUAUACAGAUUCAUCUUUCUGGAAUUUCAGUUUUGUUGACUUGGGUCGUUAUGAUGCACCAGCAAUGAUUUAUCAUAUAAUUAACGUCACUAAUUAUGAGAAAAUUGUUUGGAUAGGAUAUUCAACUGGGGCUACACAAAUGCUGUGUAAACUAUCAGAGGAUCCAUCGUUUGCAGAUAAUUUAUCUCUCAUCAUCUCGAUUUCACCGGUUGCUUUCAAUAAUAACCCUCCGGGUGUUUUGGGUGCUCUGUCGAGAAGUAGAGCUCUCAAUCUAUUACUUGGUCGAUAUGUUGGUCCAAUUCCUCAAUUUCUACCUGAAACUAAUGCAAUGUUAACCUUAUUUGCUUUCAUAUUUCCACCGAUUUUUGAAGAGAUUAACAAUUACAUCUUUGGACCCGAUAGACAAAUGAUAGAUAAUCAUCAUUAUCCAGCCUUUGAAAGUGUAAUUGACACAACUUCGGCAAAACUUUUACUCCACUAUAUACAAGCAUUUAGAUUGGGACAAUUGCGAUACUAUGACAACGGUGAUGAUGAAAAUUUGGCUCUUUAUGGUUCUAAAUAUCCACCGAAAAUAAACUUUCAAAAUGUACCAACAAAAAGGUUAAUCUUAAUGACUGGAAUCAAUGACUUUUUAGCUAAGCCAAAGAAUAUACAAAGAUUAAGAAACAUUUUAAAGGGUAAACCAUUGAUUGAUCAUAUAAUCAAUUAUCCUCGAUGGAACCACAUUGAUAUAAUUAUUGGAGAAAAGGCUUUCGAGUAUACCCAUUUACCAAUAGUUGGAUUCAUCCGUAAAUAUGUUGGAACUGAAUUUACAAAUUAAAAUUAAGUUAAUCUCCAAUUAACGAGGUGUUUCACUAAGUUUACAAGUUGUUUAUUUCAAUAACUCUUGUGUCUUUGGGCAUUCAGACCCCUGAAUCGAGUUACAGAAGUUUGAGAGAUACUCUAAAAAAAUAACUAAAAAUAUCAACAUUUAAUUGUUAAUUUAUCUUUGGUAAACAAUUAAAAGCACUGGUUACAUUUUUAAAGAGCGAUUAAAGAGAUUUGAAGUUAGUUAUCGA